AUGAAGGCAGCUAUUACAAGCUUGUUGGUUGCUUCGGCAACUGUUCUGGGUGCUAAUGGAUUGGCCAUGUUUGAGUUGCCUGAUGGACAAAUCUCAGUAGCAGUCUGGCCAGACAACUACAACUACCUUGGACCCUACCACGAUGACUCUCCUCUAAAAAUAAACACUCGAACUGGAAAGAACUGGCCAAUCUUCCACGCAGGACAGAAUAUUCCAGUCAAAUCAGCAUACUCGAAUCCUGAAGUCAUAAACAUUGACACCACGAUCGAUAUUACAAUGGUCACCGAGACCAACACGAACGCUUCGAUUAUACUCGACGUGUAUCCAUUCGACAGUCGCCCUGGCAAGUCGUUUACAUCAGUCACUGAUGCUGAUAUUACUGCUCUUGCAAACCAACUCGCUGCUUGGAACGCAAAGGGUGUCAAAGUAUACCUCAGACUUGCUUCAGAAAUGAAUGGAAGUUGGUAUCCUUGGGGUACCCAGCCAGUUGAAUUCAAAGCAUUUUGGAUCAAAGUGACAAACGCUGUUCGAGCUGUCGCCAAUAACGUUGCUAUGGUCUGGAGUCCACAAGUCAACUAUGCUGGUGCUUACGGAAUCAAUGCAGCUGUUACUGGAACGCCAUCAGCUGCAAGUUUGGCUGCUCUAGAUACGAACGGUGACGGAUGUUCCUCUUGUGCUGGAGAUGACCCAUACUCGCCCUACUAUCCUGGUGCAGCCUAUGUAGACUGGGUCGGAACGUCCUUGUACUGGCAUGGAUCGGCUCCUUCAAAUACUGACAAUGGUGCGAGACAGUAUGGAGUCAACAGUUUGCCCACAGAUGGCUUUUUCGAUACACAAAUGACAACUGGUACCUUCCCAUUCUAUUCAUACGUUGUUGGAUUGGGCAAACCAUUACAAGUCAGCGAGUGGGGUUGUCCUAUGUAUCUAUACAACACUGAUGCCGCCGGAAACUAUCAGUCAGCCAUUUCUGCAGGACCAGGUGAACUCGCAAUCAAGCAAGCCUGGUGGCGUCAGAGCUUGACCAACACUGCUGUCUUGUUGAAGUAUCCCAAAAUCAAAAUGUUUGGCUUGUUUGAAUUCAGAAAGGCCGAACAAGAAACAUACAGAGACUUCCAGUUCCUCAACAACACCGUCCUUUCCUCAGCUCUCGUUGCAGACAUGGCUGCUGCCCAAGCUCAGAAUGUAGGAAUUUCGUAUGUAUGGGCCUCCACAAAUGCACCAGUAGCGUCAGCAGCUGCCCCCACUGCGGCCUCAUCCGCCACGUCAACACCGAAGAGUAGCACCUCAUCUGCCGGAAAAUCAACAGCAAUUGACAUUUCCAUUAUGGCCAUGACCUCGACAUUGCUCCUAGCCUUUGCAUCUCUAUAA